UUAAGAAAAUUUUUCUACUAAAUAAACGAAAAUGCAACUAUUGAUACUUAAUUUAUAGUAUGUGAAAUUGUCAUUUCUCAGAACUUGCAGCAAUCCGCAGCAACUUGCGGCAUUCGUGUUUGGAUAGAAUUGGACCACUCCUCCCAGGAGACUCAGCCUUUUGCAGAAUUUUUGUCUUCAAAAUAGACCACUCAAAGUCACAGUUGUGUGACAUAAUUCCUUCCCUUGACAUAAUCAUAAUAUACACCUAUCUUCUACCCAGUCCUUGUUGCCAUCAUAACAAAAUGGUUUAUUACAGCAUAGUCGAUCUAUUGGUAGGCGGGACAGGACCACAGUGCUGUGGGGGACACAUAGCGUUGGGAAACAUAAGAGACCCUGAAAGUUUCAUAUAGUAAGGCAGGAGCCUUAAGCUCCAUCAACUGCUGUUUGACGUGCUAUCUGUAGUUCUAGUAAGCCGAGCAUAGUGAAGCUUAAAAAAGAAACAAGACCAGAUAUUAGCUCAAUCUGUGUAACUCCUUGGGGAGCUGAAACCCAUCUUCUGACAAUAGAAAUAUGUCAAAGCGAAUCAUAUAGGUAAACUCUAGUUAAAGUUAAGCUAAGCUAUACGGUAUCGUGAUUUUGACUGCUCCAUGAAACAAUGAAGGGAUUAACUUUGUCUGGGAGCAAUGACUGGAUUAACUAAGAGCAAACACUGCACUUUGACAAAGCUUUGUCUGCACUCUUGAGUACAACCCCCCAUUAUCUUCUACCAUCUUGAUUUACCCCGGACUGCCGACAGAGGGGCCUGAGCCCGUUCUGGUUGUCCUAUGCUGAAACCUACAUUCGUUGUCAAACAAGAGGUCUACACGUAUUAGUUGCCCGGCCCAGUCUCGCUCUCGGCGGCCCUGGAUUUACACAUUCAUAUUAUUCACCCUAACCUGAUGCAGCUACUAUUUUUUGCUUCAUAUUCCUCCCUGUGAACAUUUGUGCUUGGUUAAGCUUCAAAUGUUUUGUCCCUUCCUUGCACCCACUGUUAGUUUAUAGCUUACCCCUUCAUUUCACUUCAAUUCUAAUUAUUUGCCCCUUAUUCUUAUCUCAGCCUCGUUUUUCCCUAAUUAUAUCACUACUUGUUAACCUCUUUUCAACGAAAAAUCCGGGGUAUCGGGGAAACAGGGAGUCGAAACGUGAAACCAUCCAUCUCCGAUCAAACGUGAACCUUAAAUGCAUUCACCCUAACGGUUAAAAGACGAGUUGGCACAGUUAAAGGCCCAAUUACUGUAAAUUACUGUUUACUCACAUUUUUUUGUUAUUAUGCUAUUGAUAAUGAUGUCUUUUUAAGGAAUCCGCCCUUUUUAUCGCGUUUUCUACUAAAGAAAGUGCUUAUUGCUUUCAAUACAACCAGGGUGUCGCUGUCGUUUAACAAAGCAAGUUCAAUAUCAGUAUUUGUUGUUGUUUUAUUUAUAAUAUAUAGAGAAGAAGACGCAUUGAGUUGAAGAUUCCCCUGAACUUUUUGCAACAUAUCGGAAUACUUCACUUGACAAAAGGGGGCUAAAUUUACAAGGAAUCGCAUUUCCACUAGGCUGUAGACUGUAAAGAAAGAAUUGGUGGAAUUAAAACGCACUCAGUUGACAAAGAUGCAUAAAUUUUCUUUUGUACAUGCACAUAUAUCUAAUUGAGCCAUAUAUUUAUUAAGAAAGGUUAUUUAUUUGUGGUUUGGCUUACUGUUUUGGAAAGAGCGAUAAAGUACUUCAAAAAAACCUGUUUAAAUGCUGUAUAAUAUUGUAGUUUUUGGACGGUGAGUUUUCAGUUGGUUACGAAAGCCUUGUUGGGCCUUAAACAACCACAUUGCGGUUAAGCAUCUUCCCCCGUUCAGUUUAACCCAUCACUAUGCAUACAAUAAACCACCAUCUUAAUUUGAAUCCCUUCUUUUGCUCAGCACGAUGCAUACUUUUUCCAAUAUUUUUUUUAAUUUAAUGUAUUUUUUUGCUUAAAGAGUAAAGCUACGCAAAGUGAUAGUUUGAAAGUUUCUUCAAAUAGAAAGCGUGUUUCUGUGCCUUCAGUUGUGGAACUAUCCUGCGAAGUCGACCACCCCUUACUAUCUCAUAGCGAGUGAAGCAGCAGCCUAAAUUUGAAUUUUUUCCAUGAAAUUUUUGAGUCUUUUGAAGAAAGAUCUUUGUUUGUGAAUGUAAAGUUGAAUAAACGCGUCUUAGAAUGGAAUGAAUACUAUUCAUAAAAGAGUCGAAUAUGCUUUUGUUGACAUUUCGCACCGGCUUCUUUCUACGAAAAUUUUCGAUGUCCCGAAAGGCCCUGCUGUGACAUUUUCGAUUAAAUUGGUUCUGGCUCUAUUUAUUAGCUUAAGAGUUGUUCGUAUUUCUUAAUAGCCGAGUGAUAUUCUGAUCAAGCAUGCAUAGCUCCCCGUACCAACGAUAGGUUUGCCGGCUUAUCGUUUCCUGCUGACGAAAACCCCAGUUGCUCGUUCCAGGCCCCCAAAGUUCUUGGCACUACUACACAUGAAAAGAAAUUGCACAUUGGAAGGGCGAUUGAGAACCAAUGUGAAAGAAGAUAGAGGCGAAGAAACUGAAGCCGUGAACAAACAGGUCACCAUGGCCAGCUGAUGGACUCCAUCGGACUGAAAUUGCUGUUGGUGACAACAAUGCUUUGAAAACUGGUAAUUUGGAAACUAUACCCGGAUCAAGUGAUACAUAUUCGAGUCUUGAAGGCUAAGAAACAUCACAAGGAAAACUUUACUUGAAUAGGUUUUGACAUUAUGAUGUGAGCUGCAGUUUUGAGAACAGUGCGCCAUGGCAACUAAAACCCUGGUGAAUGGCUCCGUAACGAAAACCAGUUUAAAGCAAAUCAAGAUCGAGGAGCCAGAGUUUGAAAAGCAAAGAAAAUACCAAAGCAAGGAUGGCGCACUAAACAUUAUGGAAGGUGAGGAAAAUAAAGAAGAAAGUUUUGAUUGGGAAAAAUAUUUGGCAAAACACAAUGCUACAGCUGUUCCAAAGAGCACAUUUAAGCAUCUUAUUGCUGGAAGCACCUUUGAUUUUGAAGCCGGUAUGAAACUGGAGGUUCCAAAUCAAGACUGUUCCAGCACCUAUUGGCUAGCCACGGUGAUUGCAAAGUCCGGACCAUUGAUACUCCUCCGGUACGAAGGCUAUCAAGAUGAUAACAGCGCAGAUUUUUGGUGCAAUAGCCGGAGCUCAGAAAUUCAUCCGGUUGGAUGGUGUGCCAAAACCAAGCAUGCGCUUAGGCCUCCAAAGGCAAUUCAGCACAAAGAAAAAAGUUGGUAUGAUUAUUUGAUCAAGAACCUAACUGGAGCACGGAAGGCUGCAGAACAUCUCUUCAACAAGCGAGUUAAGCCAAUUGACAAGCUUGGUGUUGGUAUGAUGUUAGAGGUCAUCGACAAAGAAGACCCAAAGUACUACUGGGUGGCGAUUAUAAGCGAGAUUUACGCGGGUCGUCUGCGUUUGCAGUACAAAGGAACUGAAGACUCGUCUGGGGAAAUCUGGUGUUAUUACCUCAGUGAAAGGCUGCAUGAGCCGGGCCACGGCUUUGUUUAUGGACUGACACUCAGGCCACCAAGAGAUGUUCUGAAGACCAUCUCAGAAAAGCAGUGGCCGGAUUCGAAGUUAGAGAAAAGAUUAAUGACAUGUUGGGAAAAAACACUGCUCUCUGCAUUGCUGAAGGAUCGCCCACCGAUGGUAGAGCACACAUUCAAAAUGGGGAUGAAAUUAGAAGCAAAAGAUCCGAUGGAUCCUACGUCGAUCUGUUGUGCCACUGUCGCUCGUGUCUUUGACAAAUUCCAUUUCCUUGUACGAAUUGACAAUUUGCUAAGCAGCUCUGUUCACGAGGAUCGGUCUUUUAUUUGUCACAAAAAGAGCCAUGGUAUUUAUCCCGUUGGGUGGUGCCACAAGUUUGGUUUGUCACUGCAUCCGCCUAAAGGCUUCAAUGGCCAUUUCACAUGGAAGGCUUAUCUACAACUGGAGAAGGCAAUUGCCGCACCAGAGGCUUGUUUUGACCUGGAACCAGUGGAGCACGAGUUUAAAGUUGGAAUGAAACUGGAGGCUGUUGAUCAAGAGAACAAUGUGAAUAUAUGUGUUGCCACUGUAACUCAGGUCCUCGGCAGGGAUGUCUGGGUUACAUUUGACGGAGAAAGUCGAAGCGAGCAGUUAUUUGAUGUUAGGUCGCACGAUCUGUUUCCAGUUGGCUGGUGCGAGAUGAGUGGGCACGAAUUGCAGUGGCCUAGACCGAGCACUAUUCUUCAGAAGAAUCGAAUUUCGAGGCUGAGAUCCACGACGGAGAGAAAAACCCGUUUGGAUCAUCUCCGGAAAGGCGGCCCGCGGGCCAAAAAGUCGAUCAUAUCGGGGCAGACUAGUUCAAGCAAUAAUAACUCGGACGAGGAGAGGGAGGUGAAAUCGAAAAACAGGAAAAGGAAGCAUAUUAAAUCACAGUAUUACAAAGGAAGUAAGAAACGAAUUAAGCAGAAGGCAGCGAAAUCCACAGGGGGAGAGGAUGACGGGGGUUAUGUUGAUCCAACGAUUUCGUAUGUUUUUAUUCGGGGGUUGGCAGAGGAACUGAACAGCGAAAAUGAAAUCAAGAAGGGUUUCAAUCUAGACGAAGAGGGACAAGUACCGCGAAAAAUCAUAACAAUCGACUCAGAUGAAGAUGAGGAUCCAGAAGCGAAAAAACCGCUUCUGUCUGAGAACGAAAUGAGUUUCUUUACCACUCUUAAAGUCAAGCCAAAAGACCUUAACGUUAAACAAGACGAAGAGUUCGAUUUGUUGGCAGGAACCAAAAUUCCAUUCUCAGAGAGAAAGAAAGACUCUUUAAGCGUGCUUGUCGAAAAGUUCCGCGGAAAUCAUAGUAGUUCAGCGGCCGCGCGACUUCGUUUGAUAGACUUUUAUCGUAAACAGAAGACAAAGCAGCGCGGUCGCGUUAGAUACAGCGCACGUCGUGCCACCGCAACAGGUUCCCAACAGCAAACUGAAAAUGGCGAAAAUAGCUCAAAUGGUGAAACGAAAGUAGAGGAGUUGAAUAAAGAGAAUUUAAAAUCUGGCGACUCUAAUAAAUUUACGCAAAGAUCUUUACGAAGAGGGGAGCGUAGAACGAAUUUCCGUGUUUUGCACCUUACUGGUCAAAAAGCUGUAACAGCCUCGAAGGAAGCUAGGAGUAGCGAGAACGGAACACGUGAAAACGCAGAUUCGCAAACGACGUCAACGAAUUAUGGUGUAGCCAAUGGCUUGUACAGAGUUGUUGAGAAUAAAUCGCAAAGUAAUAAAAUCGUUAUGAAAAUCGCAAAACCAAAUAACAUCAAAGACACGAAACUAAAUGGAUCCAGUGACCAUUCGUUGUUGUUGGAUGGGUAUUCCCCAGCAAGGGACAUCCCUGAUAUCGAGGAGCACUUGACCACGAAAUGCAACGAAAUAAGGUCUUCGUGCAAGGAUCUCCCCAAAAAUCCGUUAUCGUGGACUAAACAGCACGUCGUUGAAUUUGUUCAAGCGGCAGAGUUGGGAAGAUAUGCUAGAAUUUUCAUGGAAGAGGAGAUCGACGGCCACGCGUUUCUUCUUCUCACCUUAAACGAGCUUCACAACUUACUCGGUCUGUCAGUCGGCCCAGCAGCGAAACUUACUGAUUACAUAUACACCCUACAACGCGACGCCGCGCGAUUCAAGAAGUCUACCGCCGCACAAAGCUCGAGUAAAAGUAAUCGUGCUGAUGACUCGAAAGAGCAUACCGCGACCGCAAGAGAUUCUGACUCGGAUACAGGAAGUCCUAACAGUAAAUCAAAUACGUCUUCAACGAAAUCUUCCCGUUCGUCAACUCCAGAAGCGUCCUCCGCGCCGCUUAUCACAAAAGUGUACAGCAUUUCAAAGCCUUUGUUUUCGAAACUACAAAAAAGUUAGCAUAUGUUUAUUUGCCAUAAUUAUUUCUAUCUGCAUUUGUGAAUACACUUCGUAAAAAAACACUCGUGGUAAAUUAAUUGACUCGGAUUCUUAAUUAUUCAUCUUUAAGUAUUUCUGCUUGUAAUUCAUUGCUAAUUCUAUUUGUAACCAGUAAUAACUAUCUUUUACUUCUCUGAUAUUUUUGUUCAACUACCCGCUAACCUGCAAUGAAUUCUGGGAUGUUUUCAAGUUGUUGGCAGGGAACUUAAGUUGGUUCUCAUGAAAUUUCUCUCAACACUCUUGCAUUACAAAAUCUUUUGUUUCAAGCUCUUUCCUUUUAAGCCAUAGCCUUUCAGAUCAUCUAAAAAAGUCGGUACCCACCACAGUUUAGCCCUAUCUUGAUCUAUAAGAGAUCACUGAUCAUGCUGCCUAACAUGAAAACCUUCUUUUGGCUCCGCUAUUUUCUCAUUUAGGUCCUUGAAAGACAAAACUUGCUCAAACAAUGUCCACAUUUAGUUUUCUAGAAAAUAGGCAGGACAUUUCUUAAGGAAAUUCUUGAUUAUCUGUAUUGCAACAUAAUAUGUAUAUAAUAUUGGUAGUUAUGCCCACUUGCUAUGAAAUACCUGGCAUUUUAUUAUUGCAAUGAAAUAUUCAUGACAUUAGAUAUAAACAGGAAUAUAUACCUAGGAGUUAAGUUCUCCAAAUUUGAGUCCAGCUGUUUCUAAGGAACACAUUUUUACCGUGGUAUUUUGUAGCAACAUUUCAGAUGGAUUAAAGUUGCAAAUACUAAAAUGUUGCAUAUCUAUCAGGAAUCAAAGCGCAAAAAGAAAUCACACAUAUGAUCCAUUAUUUUUAAUGAGCGCUCGAUCAACAGUCCCAUUAAAAAAACUAAUUCUUAAACAAUUAAAGUGUCUUUCUUUGUCGAAAUCUUCCCAACCAGUUAUUCUACCAUCCGUUAUUAAUGCUUAUCUUCACGCAGUCAGGUGCCCUAAUUGAUUUGAUAUAUCAAUGAGGAAUUACGUCACUCUGUCCCAACCUCCCAUUAACAUGAUCUAAUUUUAACUAGUGUUUUGGAGAUGAAUUGUGCAGCUUCACUAGACUCAAAUACAGAGUGUAUAGAGUAAGAGUAAUUUUAAAAGUGAUGCUUGCGUCAUUUUAUCAAAAUAAACUGUUUAUCCUGAAUGUUCCUGCUGUUCAAUGUGUAAUUAUUUGAUAAAACCCCAAACACUUUGUUAUCUUUUUCCUGUAAUUAAUAUAAGUUUACUUGUGUUUAGUUAUGAACAUGUUAUGUAUAAUACCGCAACGUUUUGUAAAAGUUGUGUUAACACUGAAAAGUUCAUCUG